AUGGAUAAACACGCCACGGCCAGAGGCUUUUGCCUGUGUCACUUGAUUUGUGUGUGGUAUCAGACCGGAAGGAUCGGUCUAUAUUUAGGGUUCUAUAAUGUCGGUUAUGCGGAGCAAUUGCGACGUUUCAUUUGUGACGAACAACUCUAUGUACAUUUAAUGGCUGUGGUUAAUUUAUUGGCCAGUUGGCUAUAUCUAUGCUUUAGUCAACGAUGGAUCUUUGAUCAAUUUGUGAUGCUCUAUGUGCCGCUAUAUGUGUACUUUUUGAUCCUAAGAAAACAUCUAACGAAUCUACUGAAUGAAUGCGCCGGUAUAUAUAAAUCAAUGCAAACUAAUCUUGGCAGUCGUUUGUGUGUCAAGAUUCACAAGGAGUGCGUAUAUACCUUGCUGCUGAUUGUAAUGUUUAUCCUGCUGAUUAUCUGGCAACUUCGUAUAUAUUCAGUUUAUCAGGCAGUUUUCAUAUCAGGCGUGGGAUUUAUCUAUCACUUGGAAUUACUAUUCUUUGGAAACUAUCUAAUUUGGCUGGGCUGCAUAUAUCGAGCCUUGAACGAGUUCCUCAGCCAGGACAUGAGAAGCGAUAGAUUGUAUAUAUUAAAGGGAGUUCUUAGACAACAGACAAUUAUCUGGCGGAAUCAUCGAAAUGUUUCGCGAUAUUUUGCCCUACAUGUGCUGAGUUUUAUGAUCAAGCCAGGCAUUCAAAUGCUUAUGAUACUCAAAAGUUCGGGAAAACAUUUGAAUGUUCAGUUGAUUCACUUGACAUUACACUUACUUCUUGUGGCAUUGUUUUUGAUAAUUGCUUACAAUCUGCAGCAUCAGCAUCGGAAAUUUCAAAGGAGUUACUUGAGAUUAGCCGAUGAUCCCGAUUAUUUUGUGCUUAAAUCAUGGCGUUUACUGAAACAUCGAACUCUGCCACAGGCCUUUGGGGUGACCUUUACGAAACGUGAGAAAGUUAAAUAUAAACAGGAUGUGGUUACCAUGAUGUUCUCUAACGACUUUCCUGUACUACAAUUAACAAAACACAGCUGUUCUAGCCACUUUUGGCAUAAAAACAUGGAGUUUCGUCUUACAUUGACUAUGAUAAGAAUGUGUUUGAAGACUCACAUACGCGAACUUCUCCUACUGCUCAGUCUUCGUUUACUUUUCCACAAAACCCUAAUUAUCGAGGACUACGAAUACGAUUCCCAGGACAAUUUCAAUGGCAAUGUGACCCAAACAAUUAGUCAACUAUAUCGCUUUUAUUUCUACGAUGAAUUCGAAUGA